AUGUCAGCAGAUCAUUCGAGGGACCCAUGUCCUAUUGUGAUUCUUAACGAUUUUGGUGGUGCGUUUGCGAUGGGUGUUAUUGGUGGGUGUGUUUGGCACGGUAUCAAGGGUUUCCGUAACUCUCCAUUGGGCGAAAGACGUGUUGGAGCAGUGAGUGCGAUCAAAGCUAGAGCACCAGUUGUGGGUGGUAACUUUGGUGUAUGGGGUGGUUUGUUCUCUACAUUUGACUGUGCUGUGAAGGCAGUGAGGAAAAGAGAGGAUCCAUGGAAUGCUAUCAUUGCUGGUUUUUUCACUGGUGGUGCUUUGGCGAUCAGAGGUGGUUGGAAGCACACUAGAAACUCUGCUAUCACAUGUGCCUGUUUGCUAGGUGUGAUCGAGGGUGUUGGUUUGAUGUUCCAGAGAUACGCUGCUUGGCAGGCAAAGCCUAUGGCUCCUCCAUUGCCAGAACAGCCAAUGCAGGCUUGA